AUGGCAUUCUCCAAGAAAGACGCCGCCGGUAUUCCGUCAUGGCAGCGUGCCCAACCUGGGCAUUCCGAUGGUGAAGCAGCUGUGGCAUCUUCACCAAAGGGCGAUUCUCCGGAAAAGAAAACUGCAGAAGUUGCAGUUGGGGAUGUGGAUGCCGCAUCCGCCGAAGCCAGUCUCCGGGACCAAGCUACGAAGUUCCUGCAGGACCCAAGUAUCCAGGAUGCAUCGCGAGAGCGGAAGGUGGCUUUCCUGGAGUCGAAGGGGAUUCCGCGGUCCGAUGCAGAGACGUUAUUGGGUCCAGAGGUUCAAUCUGUGGAAGAGGUCGUGAAAGAGGCAGAUAAUCAGCCCUCGGCGCCGGCUGCGAAGAUACAGACACCGGUUGCGAAGGUAGAGACGCCGGCUGUGAAACAAUCGACCAAAGAUAUCCCUCCCAUCAUCACAUAUCCCGAAUUCCUUACGCAUUCGGCCAAGAAGCCUCCUCUAAUCACUGCCAACUUGCUGUGGAACAUUCUAUAUGCCUCCGGCACCACCGCCGCAGUCAUAUACGGCGCGUCGAAGUUCUUGGUCGAGCCGCUGGUGGAGAGCCUCUCCGAGACGCGACAUGACUUCUUCAACCAUACCCAGGAACAUCUGACGACUCUGAACGACCGGUUGACCGACACUGUAUCCACAGUACCGGCUAUGCCCCUAACGCUCAAAGACCAAGUCAACCAGCUGGUCGAGGCGGAUCAACUAUCGGAUUCCUCCAGCGAUUCGGACCCCACCGAGCUGUUUCACCGGGAUAUUGGAGUUCAGACAUCGCCGGCGCUGUCCCGUCGCGGCUCGGUUGGCCCCGACAGCCUAAGCGGUCUUCCCGAAGCAGCACGGGAUGCUGUUACGGAUCAGGAGGCCAAGUUGCAGUCGAUAUCGGACCGUCUCCAGCAGAUGAUCGAGUCGGCCAAGACGUCCAAAUCCAGCAACGACGCGAUGGACGAGCAGGUCCGGGACUUGAGUAGCUACCUGACUGGGAUCACGUAUUCCAGCCCCUACUACGGCAUGAGCGGCCUGAACACCUUCAACUACUCCAUGAACUCCACCGCAGGAUCGGGGACGGGCAAGAUCGAUGCGGUCGACGCGGUGAAGGCGGAUAUACGUGGCGUCAAAGGCGUGCUACUGAGUUCACGCAAUUUCCCAUCCGCAAGAGCCGCUGUGCGAUAA